AUGCUCCUGCGCCUGACAAAUCGUCGAGGCCGGACCCAGGACCCCAGCCCGCCCUUCAACGCAGGCGCCUCGACGCCCGACGUUCUCGCGCUGGGCACGCACAACGACGAGUCCAUCGCGCAGUGGCGACAGAAGCACAGCAUCAACCCUGCAUCGCAGAUCCGCCUCGUCAAGCUCGCGCACAUGCGCUACCAGCACCCGGACCUGGACGAGAUCACCACGUUCCUGUUCGACUUUGGCUUACGGCUCGUCAGGCGCACUGAGACCGAGGCCUGGUUCCGCGGGUACGGGCCCGACCAGUACGUGUACUAUGCGCGACAGGGGCCGCGGAAGUUCCUGGGCGGCACCUUUGAAGUGGAGAGUUAUGCGGAUUUGGAGAAGGCUGUGCGCAUCGAAGGCGCGGGGGAGAUUCGGAGCUUGGAGGAACAGGGUGCGCCUGGUGGAGGCUCGAUUGUGACGCUGACGGAUCCAGAGGGAUUUCCCGUGAAUCUGAUGUUUGGGCAGGAGAGGGCUGAGAUGGGACAAGUACCGCCGAAGCUGGUGGUGAAUUACGAGCUGGAGAAGCCGAGGGUCAGGGAGUUUCAGCGGUUCCAGCCUGGAUCCGCGGCUGUUCACAAGCUCGGCCACUACGGUCUGUGUGUGAAGGACUUCGACCAGCAGUUGAAGUGGUACACGACGAACUUCAACCUCGUGCCGACUGAUUUCCUGUGGGUCAACGAGGGCGGCGAUGCGGCGCCGCAGACCAAGAAAACCGUCGCCGUCUUCGCACAUAUCGACAGGGGCCAGGACUACGUCGACCACCACACCUUCUUCAUGUCGACCAACGCCACAUCCCACGUGCACCACUGCUCCUUUGAGGUUCACGACUUCGACACCCAGCAGCUGGGCCACCAGUGGCUGGCGAAGAAGGGCUACAGGAGCGUUUGGGGCGUGGGACGCCAUAUCCUCGGCAGCCAGAUUUUCGAUUACUGGUGGGACACGACGGGCAACAUGGUGGAGCACUAUGCCGAUGGCGACUUGAUCAACGAGGAUACGCCGAUUGGGUAUGGUCCGGCUGGGAACGAGAGUUUGGCUGUCUGGGGCCCAGAGGUUCCGGCAACUUUCUUGCAGUAG